AUGCUUUUUGAUUCCAAAGGCUCCCUCGAGCUGACUGGUGAAGCACUGACUGUUUUUGCGAGAAUCAAGAAUUCCCUUGCCGACGCCACUUUACUCACGCAUCCCACUCCCGAGGCUCAGUUGUUCCUGAUGGUAGAUGCUUCGUCCGUAGCCGUAGGUGCAGUCCUUCAACAACGUCUUGCCGGUUCGACUCGACCACUUGUCUUUUUCUCCAAAAAACUCUUACCAGCUGAGACACGGUACAGUACCAUUGGCCGUGAACUACUUGCAUUUACCUGGCUGUGAAGCAUUUCCGGCAUUUCCUUGAAGAUCGGGACUUCACUGUUUUCACGAACCACAAACUGUUGACUUUUGCAUUUCGGUCCCACUCCGACAAGUACAGUCCGAGGGAAAUCGCCCACCUGGACUACAUCUCCCAAUUCACCACCGACAUCCGCCACAUUGAUGGCACGAAGAAUGAGGUGGCUGAUAUGCUGUCCAGACCCUCACUGUCUUCCCUCCAACUCUCACACGGGAUCGAUAUUUGUGUCAUGGCGGCUGAGCAACAGCGAACCGGUUGUCCUGGCAACGAGUCUGCUAGUGGUCUCCAACUCGAGGACGUCCCCCUAACCACCUAGUACCGUACUUUGUGGCGUCUCGAUUCUCCUUCGUCUCUCUUUCGUGCCCGCCUCGAUGCGUCGAGCUAUAUUUCAAACUCUGCAUGAACUCUUCCACCCUGGGACCCCAGCCUCUCAAAAGCUCCUUGCGGAAAGGUUUGUCUGACCUGGCAUGAUCAAGGACGUCAAAACCUGGGCACGAUCGUGUCUGAAUUGCCAGCACAACAAGGUGCUACGUCACAACAAGUCCCCACCGGGCAUUUUCCCCGGCCCCGAUGCACGGUUCAGCCAUGUGCACAUGGAUGUCGUAGGCCCAUUGCCUCCAUCCAAUGGGUUUACUCCCCUCCUUUCCUGUAUCGUUCGAUAUACCCCCCGGGCUGAAGCUAUUCCUUUGCCGAAUGUGCAGGCUGAAACCAUCGUGAAGGCCUUAGUCAGUCGUUCGGUCACCAUGUUCGGUGCCGCAUCCACGGUUACGACUAAUCGUGGUGCCCAGAUUGAGUCGGCACUCUUCCAAAAGCUACUCAAUUUUCCUUGGCUGCACACGAAUUCGGACAACAACCUACCACCCAGCUGCCAACAGAAUUGUUGAGCGUUUCCAUCGCCAGCUAAAGACCGCCCUACGUGCCGUAGAAGACCCAGGAAACUGGUUAGACAUCCGUCUUCUUGCCCUCCUCGACAUCCGCGCAGCACUGAAGUCGGAUCUGGGCUGUAGCGCAGCUGAAUUUGUUUUCGCCACUACCAUCCGACUGCCAGACGAGAUGGUCACCCCAAACUCUCGUGCGGCCGACGAAAUUCCUGACAACCUCGUGCCCCGUUUGCGACAAUUAAUGUGCUCGCUUUCCCUCGAGCUCCAAUGA